AGCGUUCCCGGAAGUAUCGCGAUGUUGCGUCUCUAGGUUUAGAAACUGUGCUAGUACACUGCUUAAUAUCUAUGGUGGAAAACGCCAUAUUUUCGAAAUGGCAUACCUCGAGUUCAAGUUUGAGGACGAAAUAACUAAAUACAUUCGGGAACAAGAAUUGGAAACGUCACUGAAAUUCAUAACAUUGAGAAAGGACAAAAGUUUUGGGCAAAAGGAUGCACAGCCUUUGGCACGGAAAAAACUCAGCUGGGAGAGUAAAAGUAUCCCGUUCAAUGGUGUUCCGUUUCAAGUUGUUGGCACAAAGACGUAUGAAUGCCACCAGGGCAAAGACAGACAGACAAAAGCCAAAGAGAAAUAUGCUGCUGAAAGAGACAAGAAGGAACUUGAAGACCAUACCUUUCUACAGAAACGGAAACUGGUACAAAAUACCAAAAAGGUGGACUGCAAGGCUAUAAUAAACAUCGCCCACAUUAUUCGCUUUCCUGAUUUUAAGAUUGAGGAAAGUACAGUGUGCUCUAAAAAGGAGGCCUCCCAAACUCUGAAGGCAGCACUAAGUGAAACGCCCAGCUCCGUGAAGGCAGAGGUUGUCUACUGUGUCAGGUUCCCCUCCCUCUCUGAGCACAGCUCACAUGCAGUUGUUGGCGAGGCAGCUCAUGUUAGGGAAGCUGUAGAUGUCAGGCUGAGAGAGAAGAUUGAGCAGCUGACUCUGUCUGGUGUGAGAAAGAUGACUGAAAUGAAGUGUCAUCUGAACACCUUUGUAGUGGAAGAGCUUUUCCAUGGAGAGCAGCCCCCUCCACCUACUCGCAGGCGCUAUUACCCCACUGACAGUGACAUAAGAAAUGUCAUGUUUAAGACCAAGCGGGCCACCGGAGACUCCAACAUUGACCGUCCAUACGAAGGUCCAUCUGGAAGAGGAAAGAAGAGGUCCUCUAGGAAGCUGUUGCGGUUACGGAGGCAAUGUGCAGGAUAUCUUAAAGAGAUCACAGAACUCACUUAUCAUCUCCAAGAGGAACAGUACGUGACUGACCUGUCUUCACAGCUCAGAAGCGUGCUGCUGGAUAUGAAGGCCCAUGUUCCACAGGAUAAAGACCUUCCACUGACCUUUUCUCCAAGGAAGAGAAAAGCUGAGAUGGACAUGGACCUCAUUCCAACCAAGAGUGCAUCACACCCUUUCAUAGAUGGGUUAGAACAGCACACAGAGGACAUAUGUUCAAUGAUCUUCAUAGGGAUAUCUGAUGAAACGGGUGGUCCAGGCUCCAGGGAUAUCUGAUGAAACGGGUGGUCCAGACCCCAGGGAUAUCUGAUGAAAUGGGUGGUCCAGGCUCCAGGGAUAUCUGAUGAAACGGGUGGUCCAGGCCCCAGGGAUAUCUGGUGAAACGGGUGGUCCAGACCCCAGGGAUAUCUGAUGAAACGGGUGGUCCAGACCCCAGGGAUAUCUGAUGAAACGGGUGGUCCAGACCCCAGGGAUAUCUGAUGAAAUGGGUGGUCCAGACCCCAGGGAUAUCAGAUGAAAUGGGUGGUCCAGGCCCCAGGGAUAUCAGAUGAAACGGGUGGUCCAGGCUCCAGGGAUAUCUGAUGAAACGGGUGGUCCAGACCCCAGGGAUAUCUGAUGAAAUGGGUGGUCCAGACCCCAGGGAUAUCUGAUGAAAUGGGUGGUCCAGGCCCCAGGGAUAUCUGAUGAAACGGGUGGUCCAGACCCCAGGGCAUGUGCCUUAGCUGUAGGUGUUUCCAGAAGUACAGUGUCUCUGUGUGGACCGUAACAGGGUUGAAGUUUUAUCUUAAAUCAGCCCAAAAAAAUCUGCCAAUUUCAAAAAGUUCUGUGAAACAGUAUCACUUGUAGAUUUUGAAAGUAAAAAUCUAAAAUCAAGAUGUCAAUUGUUUGUCUACAUGGAAUGUAAAAAAAAAGAUAUAGAUAUUGGAGUAAACCUAUGAGUUAGGGCCAAAAUCCAAAACCUAUUUCUCCUCAGAAGACUGAAAAGAUUUGGCAUGGGUCCUCAGAUCCUCAAAAGGUUGUACAGCUGCACCAUCGAGAGCAUCCUGACGGGUUGCAUCACUGCCUUGUAUGGCAACUGCUCAGCCUCCGACUGCUAGGCACUACGGAGGGUAGUGCGUACGGCCCAGUACAUCACCGGGGCCAAGCUUCGUGCCAUCCAGGAUCUCUAUACCAGGCGGUGUCAGAGGAAGGCCCUAAAAAUUGUCAAAGACUCCAGCCACCCAAGUCAUCUGUUCCCUCUGCUACAGCACCGGCAACCGAUACCGUUUUUCCAAGAGGCUUCAAAACAGCUUCUACCCUCAAGCCAUAAGACUCCUGAACAGCUAAUCAAAUGGCUACCCAGACUAUUUGACCCCCCACACACACACUGCUGCUACUCUGUUAUUAUUUAUGCAUAGCCACUUCAAUAUCCCUAUCUGCAUGUACAUAAUUACCUCAAAAACCUCGCUCCGUGGCCCCUGCACAUUGACACAUUGACUCUGAACUGGUACCCCCUGUAUAUAGCCCUGCUAUUGUUAUUUACUGCUGCUCUUUAAUUAUUAGUUUUUUUAAAACUGCAUUGUUGGUUAAGGGGCUUGUAAGUAAGCAUUUUACUGUGAGGUCUACACCUGUUUCAUUCAGCACGUGUGACUAAUAAAGUUAUAUUUGAUUUGAA